CUUGUGUGUCUAUUGUUGAAGUGAAGUGUAGCCAAUUUAUGUCACUAUUACGAGGGAUGCCACUUCCCUGUGUAAAACGAUCGUACGCAUCAUUUAGCGCAAUGUCGUUCUUCGGGUACCGGAGCUCAUCGAGCCGAGCUUCGCAGCAGGAGACGCACUUGAGCGAGCUCGAGCGGCUGAGAGGGCGCCAGUUGGCGAGUCUCGUUCGCGCAGGCGGUCGAGCUAAGAAUCAGCAGCAAACAGCCUUCGAGGUACCCGUGGCCGACACUCCGCGCGGCCCACUCACGCUGCAGCUCCAACUCCCGACUGAAUUUCCCGUAAAGGUUCCUCGACUCAAGGUGUCGAUCCCGGUGCAGCAUCAGUGGCUGGAUGCUGCGGGCAAUGUACAGGGCCACCCGGAUCUGAACAAAUGGACAGCGCACUCGGAUCUUGGCCGCAUUGUCACAGAGAUCGUCACCGAGCUACGAGUAGUGGCGAAUACUGCAUCAACGAGCAAGCCACCAGUAUCUCCUGCAAGAAGCAGUUCGCCUGCACCGGCUGCGUCGUUAUCUCCGUACCCGGGAUCCAGAGCAAGUUAUUCUUCUCCAAGCCGACAGUCGUCGCAGGCUCUGAUCCAGCAACCAAAGGAGCAAACGCCAGAUACGAGCAAAAUGCAGCGGACGCAGAUGCCUGUGAUCCCUGCGAUUUUCCCAGAGCUCGAAGAGCUAUCUCUAUCACAGCUCGAGAAAUUGAACUCGGACAAACAUUCACUCAAGAAGUUUGUUAAGGAGUUAACUUCGGUGAAAGAGUUCACACAGCUCCGAGACGAGGUCUUGCAUAGCAACAUGGGUAUCGCAAAGACAACUCUUGGGUACGAGGCCGAGCUGCGUGAGCUUCAGGAGGUGGUCGAGGCUCAAAGGGUAGAGCUGCGUGCAGCACAGCAGACUCUGGCGGAAAAGCAAGCGAGACAGCAGCGUAUCGUUGCGGUACGUCUUCCACUGUAUACGACUAACUACCGCAUGUUAAACAUAUGACACUGUUGUGUUCAAUUUUGAACAGCGCCAUCGACCAGACGCACUGCUGGAGCAGCUCGCAGCUGCAGCAAAAGAUGUGGACAACGAGUCGGACGAGAUUGCCACUCAGUUCGCUCACGGUGACAUCGACGUGGCUCAAUUUAUCUCCACAUACCUACCGCAGCGUAACUUGUACCACGAGCGCUCACUGAAGCUCGCGCGAGUGCAUCAACACUAGGCAGACACAUAAGUACUACAGCUUUUGACAAGGACGAGAACGAGUGACAUGGUGGUGAUGAAUCGAAAUAGAUAUUUGUUGUUAUUGCUCGCAGACUUGAUGA